AUGUACAAUGUGCAGCUCAGCUCUCCUUACGCACGGUUAGUGGAUGACCGGUGUGUGGUCCAGCCAGAGGCAGGUGACCUUGCUAAUCCUCCAAAGAAGUUCCGAGACUGCCUUUUCAAGGUGUGUCCUAUGAACAGAUACUCAGCCCAGAAGCAGUACUGGAAAGCCAAGCAAGCCAAACAAGGAAACCAUACAGAAGCAGCACUGCUGAAGAAACUUCAACAUGCAGCAGAACUGGAACAAAAGCAGAAUGAAAGUGAGAACAGGAAGCUGUUGGGCGAAAUUGUGAAAUACAGCAACGUCAUCCAGCUACUGCACAUAAAAAGCAACAAGUACCUCACAGUCAACAAGAGAUUGCCAGCUCUACUAGAGAAGAAUGCUAUGCGUGUGUCCCUGGAUGCUGCAGGGAAUGAGGGCUCCUGGUUUUAUAUCCAGCCAUUCUGGAAACUGCGGAGUGAAGGUGACAAUGUUGUGGUGGGAGAUAAAGUUGUUCUCAUGCCAGUCAAUGCAGGACAGCCUCUGCACGCCAGCAGCAUUGAGCUUCUUGAUAAUCCUGGAUGCAAAGAGGUAAAUGCUGUCAACUGUAACACAAGCUGGAAAAUAACUUUGUUCAUGAAAUUCAGUAGCUACCGAGAUGAUGUACUGAAAGGAGGAGAUGUUGUGAGGCUGUUUCAUGCAGAGCAAGAGAAGUUUCUGACCUGUGAUGAAUAUGAGAAGAAACAACACAUUUUCCUCCGCACUACGUUACGUCAGUCAGCCACGUCUGCAACAAGUUCUAAAGCACUGUGGGAAAUAGAGGUUGUCCACCAUGACCCUUGCCGGGGAGGGGCAGGACAGUGGAAUAGCUUGUUUAGAUUUAAGCAUUUGGCAACUGGAAACUACUUGGCGGCAGAGCUUAACCCACACUACCCAGAAGGUAAUAAUGAAGGAAAAGCUUUGCAGAGAGACGGCGACCUUCCUGCUUCAAAGAAGAAACGCCAGGCAGGGGAGAAGAUUAUGUAUACUUUGGUCUCUGUGCCACAUGGAAAUGACAUUGCAUCUCUCUUUGAACUGGAUGCUACCACCCUUCAGAGAGCUGAUUGCCUGGUUCCAAGGAACUCCUAUGUCCGACUGAGGCACUUGUGCACCAACACUUGGGUCACCAGCACCAGCAUCCCGAUAGACACUGAGGAAGAGAGGCCAGUGAUGUUAAAGAUUGGGACGUGCCAGACCAAAGAGGACAAGGAAGCUUUCGCCAUUGUAUCAGUUCCUCUGUCUGAGGUCAGAGACUUGGACUUUGCCAACGAUGCCAACAAGGUUUUAGCAUCAACUGUUAAAAAGCUGGAGAAUGGAACAAUAACCCAAAAUGAAAGGAGGUUUGUAACCAAGCUACUGGAAGAUCUCAUUUUCUUUGUUGCUGAUGUGCCCAAUAACGGGCAAGAAGUUUUGGAUGUGAUCGUUACCAAGCCAAACCGGGAACGGCAGAAAUUAAUGAGGGAGCAAAAUAUAUUGGCUCAGAUAUUUGGCAUCCUCAAAGCUCCUUUUAAGGACAAAGGUGAAGGGUCAAUGCUGAGACUUGAAGACCUGGGUGACCAGAGAUAUGCUCCCUACAAAUACAUGCUGAGAUUAUGUUACAGGGUUCUAAGACACUCCCAACAGGACUACAGGAAGAACCAGGAAUAUAUUGCUAAGAACUUCUGCGUCAUGCAGUCCCAGAUUGGUUAUGAUAUUCUGGCAGAAGACACCAUCACAGCUUUGUUGCACAACAACAGAAAACUGCUAGAGAAACACAUCACGGCUAAAGAAAUAGAGACGUUUGUGAAUUUACUCAGGAGAAAUCGAGAGCCAAGAUUCUUGGAUUAUCUGUCAGACCUGUGUGUAUCUAACACCACAGCAAUACCAGUAACUCAGGAACUCAUCUGCAAGUUUAUGCUAAGCCCAGGGAAUGCUGACAUUCUCAUACAGACCAAGCUGGUUUCAACCCAAAUGGACAAUCCCUUGGAAUGCCCGAUCAUCUCGGAUGACAUUGAUGAAGAAGAAGUGUGGCUUUACUGGAUCGACAGCAACAAGGAGCCUCAUGGCAAAGCCAUCAGGCAUCUGGCUCAGGAGGCAAAGGAGGGCACAAAAGCUGAUUUAGAGGUUCUUACCUACUACAGGUACCAACUGAACCUCUUUGCAAGAAUGUGCCUGGACCGCCAGUAUCUUGCCAUCAACCAGAUUUCUGCCCAGCUGUCAGUAGACUUGAUCCUCAGGUGUAUGUCUGAUGAAAGCCUCCCCUAUGACCUGCGGGCUUCCUUUUGCCGUCUGAUGCUGCACAUGCAUGUGGACAGAGAUCCCCAGGAGUCUGUGGUGCCUGUCAAAUACGCCAGAUUGUGGACUGAAAUUCCUACCAAGAUUACAAUUCAUGAGUAUGAUUCGUUCACUGACUCUUCAAGGAAUGAAAUGAAGACAAAGUUUGCACUGACAAUGGAAUUUGUAGAAGAGUACUUGAAAGAAGUUGUGAAUCAACCCUUUCCAUUUGGAGACAAAGAGAAAAAUAAACUUACAUUUGAGGUGGUACAUCUGGCUCGAAACCUCAUAUACUUUGGCUUUUAUAGUUUUAGUGAGCUUCUCAGACUGACCCGGACGCUGCUGGCAAUUCUAGAUAUUGUUCAAGUUCCCAUAUCAUCAUACUUUGAAAGGCUGAGCAAAUUUCAGGAUGGAGGGAACAACGUCAUGAGGACCAUCCAUGGAGUAGGAGAGAUGAUGACCCAAAUGGUGCUGAGCAGAGGGUCUGUAUUUCCCAUCAGUACCCCUGACAUCCAGCCAGGCAUUCACCCAAGCAAGCAAGCCAGCACUGCAGACAGUGAAGAUGUGAUUGUAAUGGACACCAAAUUGAAAAUCAUUGAGAUUUUGCAGUUUAUUCUCAGUGUUAGACUGGACUACAGAAUAUCCUACAUGCUGUCUAUCUAUAAGAGAGAGUUUGGGGAAAACACUGAAAACAUUGACUCAGCAAUUGUUCCCGACAUAGAUGAAAUUGCAGCUCAGGCUGAAACCAUGUUUGCUGGCAGAAAGGAGAAGAAUGCAGUUCAGCUUGAUGAUGAAGGGGGCAGAACUUUUUUACGGGUCCUCAUUCACCUCAUCAUGCACGACUACCCCCCGUUGCUCUCAGGGGCUCUGCACCUGCUGUUCAAGCACUUCAGCCAGAGAGCAGAAGUUCUGCAAGCAUUCAAACAGGUUCAGUUGCUGGUGUCCAAUCAAGAUGUGGAUAACUACAAGCAAAUCAAGGCUGAUCUUGACCAGCUACGUCUGACUGUAGAAAAAUCAGAAUUGUGGGUUGAGAAGAGCAGCAAUUAUGAGAGUGGAGAGGUGGGCGACAAUCAAACCAAAGGGGGAGAAGAGCCAAUGGAGGAAUCAAACAUUUUGAGCCCAAUACAGGAUGGGACCAAAAAACCCCAGAUAGACAGCAUUAAAAGCAAUAACUACAAUAUUGUUAAAGAGAUUUUGAUUCGACUCAGCAAACUUUGUGUUCAGAAUAAAAAAUGUCGGAAUCAACAGCAGCGUUUACUGAAAAAUAUGGGUGCCCACUUGGUAGUCUUGGACCUUCUGCAGAUCCCCUAUGAAAAGAGUGAUGAAAAGAUGAAUGAAGUUAUGAAUCUAGCCCACACUUUUCUUCAGAAUUUCUGUCGAGGAAAUCCUCAGAAUCAAGUUCUCCUCCACAAAAAUCUCAACUUGUUCUUAACUCCAGGGCUCCUGGAAGCUGAGACCAUGAGGCACAUCUUCAUGAAUAAUUACCUCCUGUGCAACGAGAUCAGCGAGAGGGUGGUGCAGCACUUUGUGCACUGCAUCGAGACCCAUGGCCGGCACGUGGAGUACCUGCGAUUCUUGCAGACCAUCGUGAAAGCAGAUGGCAAAUACGUGAAAAAGUGCCAGGACAUGGUAAUGACAGAGCUGAUAAAUGGUGGUGAAGACGUGUUGAUAUUCUACAACGACAGAGCAUCCUUCCCAGUGCUACUGCAGAUGAUGUGCUCAGAGCGCGACCGAGCUGAUGAGAGCGGGCCCUUGGCGUAUCACAUCACUCUGGUGGAACUGCUGGCUGCCUGCACAGAGGGCAAGAACGUGUACACAGAGAUCAAGUGCAAUUCACUGCUGCCCCUGGAUGAUAUCGUGAGGGUAGUGACCCAUGAUGACUGCAUACCUGAGGUGAAAAUUGCCUAUGUUAAUUUUGUUAACCACUGUUAUGUGGACACUGAAGUGGAAAUGAAAGAAAUCUACGCCAGUAACCAUAUCUGGAAACUUUUUGAGAACUUCCUUGUUGAUAUGGCAAGGGUUUGUAACACAACCACGGAUCGUAAACAUGCAGACACGUCUCUGGAGAAAUAUGUCACUGAGCCUGUCAUGAGCAUUGUGAGUGGCUUCUUCAAUUCACCAUUUUCAGAUAACAGCACCAGCCUCCAGACACACCAGCCUGUUUUUAUUCAGCUGCUGCAGUCUGCUUUUAGAAUUUACAACUGUACCUGGCCAAACCCAACACAGAAAGCCUCAGUGGAGUCCUGUAUCAAGACUUUGGCUGAAGUGGCAAAGAACCGUGGGAUUGCGAUUCCAGUGGAUUUGGACAGCCAGGUGAACACCUUGUUCAUGAAGAGUCACUCCAACAUGGUGCAGAGGGCAGCCAUGGGGUGGAGGAUGUCAGCCCGCAGUGGACCUCGCUUCAAAGAAGCUCUUGGUGGGCCUGCCUGGGAUUACAGGAAUAUCAUAGAGAAACUACAGGACGUGGUGUCCUCCUUGGAGCAGCAAUUCACGCCCAUGAUGCAAGCUGAAUUCUCAGUGCUGGUUGAUGUGCUGCACAGCCCAGAGCUCCUGUUCCCUGAGGGCAGCGAUGCCAGAAUAAGAUGUGGGGCUUUCAUGUCCAAGUUGAUUAAUCACACAAAAAAGCUAAUGGAGAAAGAAGAAAAGCUGUGCAUUAAAAUCCUUCAAACUUUACGAGAAAUGCUUGACAAGAAAACCAACUUUGCAGAAGAGGGCAACACUUUAAGGAAAAUCCUCCUGUAUCGGUACUUUAAAGGGGAAUAUGGAAGUGGUAUGAAUGGGCCCCUGUCUGCCAGCUACAGCAAAACUGCACAAGUGGGAGGUGGAUUUUCGGGACAAGAUGCAGAUAAGUCUGGGGUGACCAUGUUUGAUAUCCAGUGCCUCCUGGACAAAGAAGGUGCCUCAGAGCUGGUCAUAGAUGUGAUAGUGAACACCAGAAAUGACAGGAUUUUCUCAGAAGGCAUUCUGCUCGGUAUUGCACUGCUCGAAGGUGGAAAUACACAAACACAGUAUUCGACUUACCAGCAACUAAAGGAGCAGAAAAAGUCAGAAAGGUUCUUUAAAGUGCUGUAUGAUCGCAUGAAAGCUGCUCAGCAGGAGAUCCGAUCCACAGUGACAGUGAACACUAUUGAUUUGGGGAGCAAAAAGAAAGAGGAUGACAGUGAUCUCACCAUAUCUGUUCCCAAAAAGAGAGUUAAGGAUUCAACCCUGCAUCUGAAAGAGGGAAUGAAAGGACAGUUAACAGAAGCAUCUUCUGCAACCUCCAAGGCUUACUCUGUGUACAGAAGAGAAAUGGACCCAGAAAUAGAUCUGAUGGGCUCAGGAGCAGAUGCUGCAAAUGCAGAAGAGAAGUCUGCGGAAGAAGCAAUCAUGAGCCCUGCCAUUGCAAUCAUGCAGCCAAUACUGAGAUUUCUUCAGCUGCUGUGUGAGAACCACAACCGAGAGCUCCAGAAUUUUUUAAGGCAUCAAAACAAUAAAACAAAUUACAACCUCGUUUGUGAGACCCUUCAGUUUUUGGACUGCAUCUGUGGGAGCACCACAGGUGGGCUGGGCUUAUUGGGGCUUUACAUCAAUGAGAGGAACGUGGCUCUUGUCAACCAGACGCUGGAGAGCUUGACGGAAUAUUGCCAGGGCCCGUGCCAUGAAAACCAGACAUGCAUAGCCACCCAUGAGUCUAAUGGGAUUGAUAUUAUAAUUGCUCUCAUCUUGAAUGACAUAAAUCCUCUUGGCAAAUACUGCAUGGACUUGGUGCUUCAGCUCAAGAACAAUGCCUCCAAGCUUUUGCUGGCUAUUAUGGAAAGCAGGCAAGACAGUGAGAAUGCGGAAAGAAUCCUUUUCAACAUGAGACCAAGAGAACUGGUGGAUGUGAUGAAGAAUGCGUACAACCAAGGUCUGGAAUGUGACCAUGAGGAGGAGAAUGGAGAUGAUGGCAUCUCCCCAAAAGAUGUUGGCCAUAAUAUCUAUAUUUUGGCACAUCAGUUGGCUUGUCACAAUAAAACACUGCAACAGAUGCUGAAGCCAGGGUCAGAUCCAGAUGAAGGAGAUGAAGCCUUGAGGUUUUAUGCCAAACAUACGGCACAGAUAGAGAUUGUUCGCCAUGAUAGAACAAUGGAAAAGAUUGUCUUUCCUGUCCCCAAUAUUUGUGAAUUCCUCACUCGGGAAUCCAAAAGUCGGGUAUUCAAUACAACAGAGAGAGAUGAACAAGGGAGCAAAGUCAAUGACUUUUUCCAGCAGACUGAGGAUCUGUACAACGAGAUGAAGUGGCAAAAGAAAAUUAGGAAUAAUCCAGCCCUGUUUUGGUUCUCCAGACACAUCUCUCUCUGGGGAAGCAUUUCCUUCAAUCUUGCUGUAUUCAUCAAUUUAGCAGUUGCUCUGUUCUACCCUUUUGGAGAUGAUGGAGAUGAAGGCACGCUCUCACCGUUGUUUUCCGUGCUCCUCUGGAUAGCAGUGGCGUUUUGCACAGCAAUGCUGUUUUUCAUCUCCAAGCCUGUUGGCAUUCGACCCUUUUUGGUGUCUGUUAUUCUCAGGUCUAUAUAUACUAUAGGGCUCGGUCCUACCUUGAUACUCCUUGGUGCUGCUAAUCUCUGUAACAAAAUCGUGUUCCUGGUGAGCUUUGUUGGGAACCGUGGGACUUUCACCCGUGGCUACAGAGCGGUCAUCAUGGACAUGGCUUUUCUCUACCACGUGGCCUAUGUCCUGGUCUGCAUGCUGGGCCUCUGCGUGCACGAAUUCUUCUACAGCUUCCUGCUGUUUGAUCUGGUGUACAGGGAGGAGACAUUGCUAAAUGUGAUAAAAAGUGUUACUCGGAAUGGCCGUUCAAUUAUCCUCACUGCAGUGCUAGCACUCAUCCUGGUUUAUCUCUUCUCCAUCAUUGGCUUCCUCUUCCUGAAAGAUGACUUUAUCAUGGAGGUUGACAGGUUGAAAAUCAGGACCCCUGCUGCAGGUAUUGGUGAAGUUCCCACUACAACCCUGACAUCAAUGAUGGGAGCCUGUGCAAAAGAGAACUGUUCCACGAGUAUCCCAGAUCUUAACCCAGGUGAAGAGGAGGAGGAUGGAAUAGAAAGGACCUGUGACACCCUGCUCAUGUGCAUUGUGACCGUGUUAAACCAAGGCCUGCGGAACGGUGGUGGUGUGGGAGACGUGCUCAGAAAGCCUUCCAAAGAUGAGCCCUUGUUUGCUGCACGGGUUGUUUAUGAUCUUCUGUUUUACUUCAUUGUCAUAAUUAUUGUUCUCAACCUGAUCUUCGGAGUCAUCAUUGAUACAUUUGCUGAUCUCAGGAGUGAAAAGCAGAAAAAGGAAGAGAUUCUAAAGACCACCUGUUUCAUCUGUGGACUGGAGAGAGACAAAUUUGAUAACAAGACUGUUUCAUUUGAGGAGCAUAUAAAGGCAGAACACAACAUGUGGCAUUAUUUGUACUUUAUAGUUCUUGUCAAAGUUAAAGAUCCAACUGAAUACACUGGCCCGGAGAGCUACGUGGCUCAAAUGAUUGUGGAGAAGAAUUUGGACUGGUUCCCUCGGAUGAGAGCCAUGUCUCUGGUUAGCAAUGAAGGUGACAGUGAACAAAAUGAAAUCAGGAACCUGCAGGAGAGGCUGGAGUCAACCAUGAGCCUUGUGAAACAGCUUUCCAGUCAGCUGGCUGAGCUCAAGGAACAGAUGACAGAACAAAGGAAGAAUAAGCAGAGGCUGGGCUUUCUUGGAUCAAACACACCCCAUGUGAAUCAUCACAUGCCACCACCCUGAUACCACGGGGAGAAGCCGUGACUAGCCUUUCAUCAGUAUUCCUGCUUUAUUAUAGAAUAAAAAACUGAGAUUGAGAGGAGUGAACAGUGCCUAUUGUUACAAAGUUAAAAACAACCAAGUGCCAAGAUGUUAAGUGGUUUAGCUCUGGGAACAAUUUGUAGCUGUUUUUCGUGGUUGAGAAGGACCACAACCUAGAAUGUGAGCGAUACAAGGCAGCUCGUUUGUAUUCCCUGCCUGGCCCGGCUGGGACAGAGCCUUGGCCACCUCCUGGGAGCCCCUUUCUCCCCGGAGCGCCGGGAGAACCGAGCUGAGCAGAAGAAGGAGAGGUGUUUAUUGCGGCAAACACGACAGCCUGGCUCAGAAUCAAUAGGUCACCCCUGGCUCACUUGCCAAAUAACAACAUUAGUCAUAUUUGCUUGGCGUUUACUAUUUUUUAAUUACCGUAAAUAUGUCAGUCCGUAAGCGGUGAUGUUGCUUCAAGUAACUUCUACUAGGAGGGAAAGGGGAGAAACCUCAAAAGACUGGGGGGAGAAAAAAAGAAAAAAGGAAAAAAUAGAAAAAGAGUUGCAAAGAGAAACAUUAACGCUUUUGAAUUUUAGCUGUCACCAUGCAAUUUCUUAUUUAUAACAUGGAGCACAAUGGAUCUACAGCUGUGGGAACGUUAUGCACAUAACACUGACAACAUAACUGGAAGUGAUUCCUUUCUCCUGGCUUCAGAUGUUCUCGAUUAAUGUGGCCGUGAGGUUUCACAUACUGAGGAGUUAAACUGUGUUUUAUAUUCAAGCUCCAGUGGAGGAUUCAGGGGGAAAAAUUUAUACCUGUAGUUUAAAGCAUGUAUGGGAUUUUAUUUCUUAAAAAAAAAUCUUAGAAAUGUAUUUCUGCACAGAACUGUAAUGGUGUUGUUACCUUCCAUAAACUCAUCUUCAGCAAGAGUUGACUUGAGUAAAUAAACCCCAUAUUCUGUCAGCUUUCCUCUGAGCUAAAGAUCACGGGUUAAUGUUUUUGACUGCCCUUCCUGCUUCCAGGGGUUUGCAGGGAAACCUGGUGGGGAACAGAGGGGCGAUAUCAGAGAAGCUCCUUACAGCUCUCAGCUGUACAAAAGGCAGCAGCUAAGUCACCAGUGCAGAUUUCUGAUCUAUCCUGUAUUUCUUGGGAUGGCUUGAAAGAAAAGUUACAGGGUUUCCACAGAGCCCUGGGACACUCCUGUCUUUUAGGAAAAAAAUUGAGUGGCACAAAUGGGAGUUGUCUUCUCAGUUCACUUUCAUUUUCAGUGGGUUUUGGUUACCAGAUUGUCUCACAUUUGAAAAUGUGCCUCUUGUUACAUGGACUCACUUUUUAAAGCAAAAUAUUUUUGCAAUGAUUUGCCCCUGUAAAAUCUUCAUUUUGUUAUAAAAGCUAUUUUGAUCAAAGGAAAAAAUAUUAUUGGUGUAAAUAUUUUCCAGUUUUUUCCUGGAGAAAUGCUGUUGUCCCGGUUAAGGCACUAUUCAAAACAACAGACCUAGAGCAAAGGGAAAGAAGGGGUAUUUAGGGGUAUUUCACUCUCUUUAUCCCAAAUUCAAACCAGUCUUGAAGCUUCUUUUUUGUUGAUUUUUUUUUUUUUUUGCGGCAGUGAUGUUGCUGAGAUAAAAGUAAUAUAUUUUAGCAAUAUAUUUAUAUCUUCUUCCACUAAAACAUUUCCCAUUGCCUUCAAUUGUGUCCUUCAAAACUAGUGUAGAAAUCAGAGGUUUCUGUAUUUUACUGGAAGAAAAUCUCUUUGUUUGCCUUACUCUAGAGAGCACCCUGGUUGUAAGAGGUGAUGGCCAAAGGAGUUGCCCACAAACAUAAAGUCAGCAGUAAGUUGGGAGAGACUCACACCCUGUAGCUGUAUUAAUUCAAAUUAAUUCAUACAGUUAAUCAGAUCUACUCGCAGCUUCUGUUGCAACAGCAAUUUCCUCUUCCUCACACAUGUGGUUCUAAAACACAAAGCACAGUUCGAUUAUAAGAUAAGUUAAAUUCUCAUUAUUUAUUGGGGAGUGUGUGGUUGGCUAAUACUGGAAUUGGUUGGCACUUUUCUUGUUUACACUCAGAAAAAGCAGCUGCACUGCUGCACAUCAGGGGAGGCUUCUGCUGCUGCAGCUGGAAGAACUUGAGGCUGGGUGGGAUUGUGCCCUGAGCUCAGGGCUGCAGUUGGGUGCUGCUGGUGCUCCCUCUGUCUCACACCCCAGACCACAUCCCCUCGGGCUCAGGAGCCCAUCUCCUGCUCUUCAGAAGGGAGAGUUACAGCAUCAGAGUCAGAGAACAGAUGCUGGUGUGCCUUGGCCACGGUGCCUUUCUGCUGUUCAUAGCUUCCCAGAGAGACCUCCGUAAUCAGUAGCAGCAGGUGAUGCUACUUGCACAGACUGUGAUUAUAUUUCACUGAGAAUUUUGACAUCUUUGCUGUUUCUGUCAAAAUUUAGGCCCUUACCCUGCUGUCAUCCAUGUGAACACUCUGUACACUCACACGUGGUAAGACAAACAGGAGGCUCCUUGCAUAGAAAAUGGUUGCAGGGCCAGACCCCAAGACUUAAAGAUUGUGAAACAUCCCCAUGAAUGAGUUUAUAACAAAAAAGCAUUGUUUUAUACAUAUAUUUAUGUGUAUAUGUUUGUUUAAUGCAGCUGGGGUAACCUCUUCCUAGACAAGUAUCAUUUACCUUACCUAUUUAUAGGAAAUGAUUGCAAAGAAAUUAAAACAUCUAAGAGCUUUUAAUGCCUUAGAGAGAUUUAUAAUUAUAAGCUCCUUGACAGUUAAAAUCUACUUAAGUAAAUGUGUCCAUUGCUGCUGAAUGUAACUUUUAAUAAAGUGUGUCCUUUUAUAUA